GACGGUCUAACAGGAAAACACGGGCGCGGUUUGGCCAAUUAAUGGCGACUCACGGUUCUAUCUCCUCCCACGUCUGCGGGCUUCUUUGUUGCUGGUUCUGAUGAGCGCGACGUGUCCACUCCAAAGCCACCAUGUAUCGGCCAUUAGCCUCUCUCAAUGGAUGCGACUCCGCCUUUUUCCGCCCAUCGCGCGAUUUCCACGUUACAUGGUAGGAAGCGUUUAAACUGCUGAUUACAAUCAGUGGGCUUCACUACGUUGAUGCUUUUCUCUCCAGAGUUUAGUAAAUGCUUUUCCCGAACACCUCACGGAGAGAUACAACGAGGCUGCUGUGUUUCCGGCGUCCGAGCACUUGCUUUUCUGAAUACCGACCACAUCAGGCGAUUGCUGCCUACCGGGAUGGCCUCUGGUUCCGCCGGAAGAAUCGGCAGACGCGGAGGGAAAGGAAAGCGGGCUAAUGAGUCGGAACCCAUUAGUGGGGAAACCGUCAAGAGGCCAAAGAACGGAGGAGGAGCUUCAAGAGUGCCACAUUCAAGUGCAGAGUCGGGAAUGGGGAGGAGCGUUCAGCCGGGGAGGAUUCGAGUACUGAAGGAAGGACAGAACGGGGCGGACGACAACUGCAACAGCAACGGUCCUGUUGUCUACUGGAUGUUUAGAGAUCAAAGGUCGAGGGACAACUGGGCUUUGAUCUAUGCGAUUGAGCAAGCCAACAAAAGGAAGACCUCCGUGGCCGUGGCGUUCAAUUUGUUCAACAAUUUCCUGGGAGCGAAGGCUCGGCACCUCGGAUUCAUGCUCAGAGGCCUGCGCGAACUUGAACAGAAUCUCAAGGCCCUAGACGUCCCCUUCUUCCUCUUUCAGGGUGAAGCAGUGGAGACCAUUCCGGAUUUCAUGAGCAGGUGUGAUGCUUCCCUCCUGGUCACGGACUUCUCGCCCUUGCGUGAUGUUCGGAAAUGGAAGGAUGCCAUCUGCCAAAGACUGGCCGACGGCACCGCCGUGCAUGAGGUGGACGCCCAUAACGUGGUUCCCGUUUGGGUGGCGUCGCAGAAGCUAGAGUACAGUGCCAAAACUCUCAGAAGCAAGAUACACAAGCUGCUACCCGAGUAUCUCGUCGAGUUCGCUUCGUUGAAUCCGCCCACCUGUAAAUGGGAGAUGGAACCUCCUGCUGAUAUAAACUGGGACCGCUUAAUGGCGGACGUUCUCAGGAGAGGUGCAGAGGUUCCUGAAAUUCAGUGGUGCGAACCAGGGGAACAAGCGGCAUUGGAAAUGCUGAUGGGUAGCAAGAACGGGUUCUUGACUAGUAGACUGAAGAACUACUCGACCGACCGGAAUAAUCCCAUCAAACCCAAAGGGCUUUCGGGGCUCUCACCGUACCUGCAUUUUGGGCAAGUCUCUGCGCAACGAUGUGCUUUGGAGGCGGGCAAGUUUCGGAAGAUGCAUCCACAGUCAAUCGAUGCAUUCAUGGAAGAGAUGAUUGUCCGGAGGGAACUGGCUGAUAAUUUCUGCUUCUAUCAGCCUAACUAUGAUUCGUUAAAGGGUGCAUGGGACUGGGCCCAAAAAACUUUAAAAGAUCAUGCUGGAGACAAAAGAGAGCAUGUUUACAGGUUGGAGCAACUCGAAAAAGCAGAGACAGCAGACCCGCUGUGGAAUGCAGCCCAGUUGGAGAUGGUGUACCAUGGAAAGAUGCAUGGUUUCAUGCGAAUGUACUGGGCAAAGAAAAUUCUUGAAUGGACUGCUGGACCAGAUGAAGCACUUUCAAUUGCAAUACAUCUAAAUGACAAGUAUGAAAUUGAUGGAAGGGAUCCGAAUGGCUAUGUUGGCUGUAUGUGGUCAAUUUGUGGUGUUCAUGAUCAGAAUAUCUCCAGAAAAACGAAAAAAAGACAGAGACAGAAAAAAACCCACCAAGUGUGAGCAGCUAUAUCAUCAACAAAAAAAUCAAGGGAUGGUCGAAAUGGCAAGCUGCCAACAACUAUGCUACUUGCCAGCUCAUGUGAGCUGGAAGCAUUCUGAGAAAAUGAAGUGACUUCAAGGCUCAAGCUUUUGGUUAAGAAAUUUAACGAUACAUAGAUACACAACUACUGUUUAUUAAAUUAUUACCGAUAAAACACUCACACACACGCACGCUUAUUGUACAGAUUGCUGUGUUGAUGCUAAAAUUUUUCAAUACGCAUUUUCAAGCUUCACAGUAACUGAAGCACCUGUGCUUGAACGUGCUCCAAACAGGCGUGAGUUUGAUCUUGAUCAGGUGUUCUAGAUACGCUACCACCAUGAGCAAACCCAAGCAUUCAGGUUGCAAUGUCUGUUUUACACCCUUGAAACUUGAAAGAUUGAACAACCUUAUAGAACAAGACACGAUAAAAGAUACGUGGUUUGCAUAGGUGCAGCUGUCAAAUAGAAGAACAGCUCACUAUUUGUAGUAAUUCACAGAAUCGGUGUAACCGGAUUAUUAACUGGGCACAGAAAAAUCAUACUUAUCAGAAGGCUUCUAGAAGGCGGCAAGCCACUUCCUAUCAUCAAGAAGCUCACCUUGCGGUUCAUUCCUCCAUGCGAAGCAUCAUUUGGUUCUUGCUUGUAUUGUGCUUUUUUAUAGUUUAAUUAUGUUUUUCAUAAAUAGUAUAUUUGCUUCCUUGCUGAUUAUAUUUUUCUCCUAACUUGCCUACAUUUUUCACUCUUAUUUUUUUGCCUUUUCUUUUCUCUUACUUCCAUAGUCAUUCUAGGAACCAUAGUCCCUUUCCUGUUUCGCGGUACCCUUGGACACUUGUUUUCUGUGAUUCUGCUGCUCCAAUUGUAUACUCUAUAAAUCAUAUCCUGGUUACAGCAAGAAUAACUCCUGGUUACAUCAAGAAUAACUCUAUGAGAUCCUAUGAGCUGUAAUCAAAGUCAAUCAACUAGGGAUCCAAAUGAGGAAGAAUUUUGCUCAAACUGACCAGAGAUAGAAAGCUGUUAGUAUGGAAUUCAACGCUGUGGGCAGAUCCUUGCGUGAUCUUUAAAUAUAUAUGCUUGUUACAUCCUACCUUUGGCGUGAGACUGCACUGUAUUUUUGACCUGUGAUGAGUUGUUAAUAAUCCAUUUCUUUUCCCCUUUUCUAAUUUUUGUUAACUUGGAGGAAGGAAGAACCUGCAUUGCAGGGGCACUUCAAUUUAUUUGUGAAUGUCUUUCUAUAUGCUACUUGAAAUGGAAGAGUAGAAAAAAAGGAACCAAUCUUGGGUCCUUUUAGGUGCAUCCAUGACAGAUCUGGUCAGUUUUGAACUUGAGGUCUGAUUGCCGUUUUAUCCAGUCUGACUCUCUUAUCCGAGCUCCUGCAUCUACACAUUUAUGUUGAAAAUGCUAUAGUGGUCAACAUUGUCAUGACAUUUUCCCUUUUCUUCCACCUCCUUUUAUUCUCUUUAAUCGUUCUACUGUUUGCGACCUUGGCUUCAAUUUCAUGCUCAAGUUCUCUACAUACUGU